AUGCCUGCCAUACCCCAAGAUAGCAGUCCUGAAAGGAGAAAGGAGAGGAGGAAAGUUCGUGAUCGUGACCACGACAAGGACAAGGAGAAAGACCGAGAGCGAGAGAGAAAGCACCGUUCUACACAAUCACAGCGCUCAACUUCCACCAAGGACAAUUCAAUCUCAAAAACGUCUUUGUCCUCGGGUGGCUCGCGCAGGAAAUCCUCGAUGCCUGGAAUUCUAGAAGAGCAGACUGAGCUCAGCAACGCUGACGGACGCGCCAAAUCUUCCUACCCUUCUUUGUCGAGAGAACAUGCUAAAGAGAGCCUUGGACCACGGCCAGAGCUCAAUCUAUUCACUCCUCCUUCUACCGAUAUAAAUGCCUCGAAAGAGAAGUUGGCGAACCUGAAUCGUAUCAUUAACAAUGGCCCUCCCAGCCCGCCACUUACAGAUAGAACUGCUGGUCAGCCUCGAUCGUCUACUGCGCGACCAGUGACUGUCGACACUAUUAUUGAGGAGGACAGGAAAGAGAACAGUGGCAGCGAUACUGGCUCCUCGAGACGCAUAAGGACGAGGCCUGCCAAGUCCAAGUCUCUGUCAAACAAAACACCAGACAGUACCUCCCCCGUCAGUAAAGUCAGGUCGAGAAAAGAGACUGGAAGCACAACACCGUUGAAGGAUAAGACGAAUGGCAGAGUGCCUAGUACAACAACAAGUCAAAAUACUAGGACUGUUUCACCUCCUAGAGACGACUCAGGCUCGGAACAAGCCACCAAUACCAGUUCCGAUGCUACUUCCAUCGCUCCUGAACAACCUUCGAUACAAAGACCUGGUUCGAAAAUACCGCAACCUCAGCAUCCUCCGCCUGUACAGCCUGUUCACUACUUGCAACCACAGGUCAUACCUGUCGAAUCGUUCUCGCGUCAGCAAACUCCAGUGGAUAUUGUGAUCGAGCCAGACUCUGCAUUCAAUACUCCUUCCUCUGCUGGCGGUCCGCCACCUCCACCACCUCCACCUAAUGUGCCCAUAGUAGUGCCAAGAGUAGACUAUCUACUACAGCAUGGUGGUCUCACUCACACAGUACCGAAAAACUUGCUGUAUGCUGGAAAGCCCAUGGCAGUACAGCAAGCUGCAAUAUCUUCCCCAUCUCAACAGCCGAUUUUUAUUGCCAACCUCUUUGAACCUUACAGCCAAUUACUGCAGGAUUACGAGAAGGUCGUUUCUAAGAAUGGCUCCUUAGCCGUAGCUACUGGUUAUCGCUCUGUCGCAAGACGACUUCUCGAUCGGCUUGAAGCUGUCUUUGCCCGCGAUUUGUCGGCCGAAAUAUGUACAUGCAGUAUAUGCGGAUACGAAGACGACGAAACUGGCGAUAUUCGAGGUGUGAGUUGGGGCGAGAUCCUCGAACUUGUAUCAGGCAGGAAAGAUCUCCCAUCCUGGCCACCAUUUGCUUUUGAGCCAAAACCACAAGGUCUUGGUUUGAACUUCGAUCUUGCAGCUCCUAUGCAGAAACUCGACAUAGACGUGCCCGAGGAGUACCGCGACCACUACAUUCGACAAUCGCAGAAGACAAAACAGAGCGUCGAUCGUUGGCUGAAUCGUCAACAGGGAAAUCAACACUUAGAACCAGCUCCUCAAGAAGUGGACGACGAAACUCUAACCUUCGCAAUAUUGACGCAUAUUCCGGGCGAUCAACGACCAAUAUUCAAAGAACUCCUUGGUAUUGUAGACCUCCCACCAGAACCACCACGACGAGCACCGAGCCCGGAACGAGAGUCUGGUCAGCCUCCGCGACCUGUACCUACACCUAUGCCUCGCAAAGUACGGCCUGAAUACGUCAUUGCAGCUGGUAUUGCUAUUCAGCGUCUAUAUCGACUUUCUGCACCACCUCGUGACCCAGAAACAGCUCUAUAUCUGCUACACAAUCCUACACUACAUCAUCCCUUAGCCACCCUGGCCGCAGUCUCUAGCGAUGAAUGGGAGAUCUUGAUAUCAGGACGCUUCGACGGUUUCCUUCGUAGUGGUGCAGAAGAUGACUUUCCCGGACCGUGGCCACAAGCAGGAAACGGUCGCUACACGCCACAGCAAAUAAGUAGAAUGCCAUCAAGGGGUGCCACACCAGCAUACAACUCAGCACGCAUGCGACAAAAUAGCGGUGGAAGUUACCAGUACCCUCGGCCCGCUACAGCACCAGGGUAUCGAUCUGUGAGCGGUAUCGAUGCCGGCAAGGCUGGCCCUCCAAUUGCAUUGGAUGAAGAGACUGAAAUAGCAACGCUAGCCGAGAUCGAGCGCGAUAUAUAUACAGGCAUGGAAGCACUCGAGGAUGCCUUCGAGCACCUACACCUCCGCGCAGAAGCAGUCCGGCGAGCUCUCCGAGAACGAAGUGCUGGUCUUGCCGCCGCUCAACAACGUCGCAAACAGUCUGAUAUAGAAAUCAGAGCAGGCACACCAGCAUCCGCCUUCGGUGCUUACGCAUCAAAUGAGAAUUGGGAGGUAGAGACUGAUGACGGCAUCGCCGACGACGUAUCAGAACUCGCGCCGGACGACAGCGCCAGCAACAUCAGCAGUAAUCGCAGAAGAAAACAUAAACGACGUAAUGAGCGACGAACUCCUGUCGUUGGCGCCAUAGAUGAAGAGGACGAGAGCGAAGGCUACAUGACUCGAGAAAGUAGUCCGGAGAAGCGGUAG